GGAGCUCUAUUCGGGUUUUCUUCUAUUUUGCUCCCCCUGUAAUAAACAGAUUAUUUUUGUAGUUUAAAAAAAAAUUAUUUGCAAAGAUUUGGCACAUAGAGUGCUAUAUGGAAAAAUUGUAAAAUUUACGUUUUGGCUGAAGUCAAGUAACUUUUUCUUUUACUAAAACGCAACAUGGCCGUAUUUUUUCUGUAUAAUACGUUUCCUAUGUGUCGGUAAAGCUUUGAAGGAUAUUAUAUAAUAUGCAUUACUAAUACUAAUAUUUAUGCAUAGAUGAAGGUCAUCCAUUCUCUCUAUUGCUUGUUUCCAUGCAAAUUAACAGCACACUUUCCCUUAGUUAUUACUUAUAAAACACACAUAAAUACCUGAAUCUGUAUGACCAUAUUCUAGAUCCAUUAAUCCAUCCCAUAUACUUACCUUAGGAUUAAUAAGCAGGUAAUUAAUAGUCUAAUGAGGCAAAAGUCCUAGUUAAUAGUGAUAACUGAACCCUUGUCCCGAUGUGUAGCUGUAAUAUAUAAAAUAUUAGACUCAAUGUGGAAAUUUUGUAAUUUAAAUAAUAAAAUAAAUAAUAAAAGUAAUAUUGACAGAGAAAUUUAAACAUUUGUGAAAAAAUAUAAAUAAUGUUUAGAUGGUGUAUAAUGUUUGCGUUUAGAUUAAAUUUUACAUUUCAAAAAUCGCAGCAUAAUUUAUUUACAUACAAGGCUUUAACUUGAUAGCAGUUUUGUGAAAUAUUUUACAUGAAAUAAAUAUUGGUACAAUGUUUUUUUUUUUCUUUACAGUAAAUUUAAACUUUCAUAUUUCGAAGUGGUUCCACUUCAGAUUGUCUUCUUAAACAAAGAGCCAACCUUAGGUGUGUGUUCAUUAAUUACUAGAGUUUAGGUCUGGAUGGAGCUCUCUGGUGUCCAUGCAAGGGCUGACUCUUAAGUUCUUAACUAGAGAUUGUUAAAAGCUUUUCGAAGCAGCCGUGAGCGUGGUAUAAUCAGCGCAGAGCACCGAUGGAGCCGGGAAGCUGAUCUCGUCCAGUAGGAAGCGCUCAUCGGGGCGGGAGCUCAGACCCGUGCCACUGUCCCGUCUCGCUGCCAUCACCACCCCGUCGAGAUCCGGUUAAAAACACUCCUCGAGAGCUUCGGGUAAAUGCGCGGAAGGGUCGCGCGCUGGUCGGCUCUGAGAUGAAGCGCGUUCUCGCAGGUCACGCGGCGCUUUUAUUUAUUCUUCUCUUUACCUUUCCUUUGACUGAUGGCACUCCUUCGAGGUUUAGUCUGUUCCAGGGCAGCCCUUACUCCAGCUCUGCUUCGAGACAGCGAAACAAAAACUGGUGUGCUUUUGUGGUGCACAAGAACGUGACGUGCGCCGUGCUGGCAGCGAACGAAAGCCCCGUGGACCCGCAGAUGAUGUAUCAUGCCCACAUAAGGCCCAUGUACAAAAUAGGCUACAAACAAGUGACUGAACUGGAAUGGAGGUGCUGUCCAGGAUAUCAAGGACAUGAUUGUAACGAGCUAAAAAAUACUCCUCAGAAACCUAGUGUUGCUGAGGAACCACGUCGAGAUGUUCCCUCAACUAACAGCCAGCAACAGAGCAUCUUGGGACCAGAAGUGCUCUCUGAGACACAUCCAUGGUCUCAACCCAAGCAGAAAGGACAUCAUAGCAAUCAACCGAGAGAUUAUGGAGAUCGUCAACACGAGAGUCAACGAGUUCAGGCUUUAGAAGACGAAGUGGAGCGUCUUUCUCAGACAGUACUCCACCUGCAAGCCAUGACGUCAGCCAAUGCGAAUCUACGGCUAGACUUACAGGAAGAUGUUACCAAAUUUGUUCUAAACAUGUUGGGGAAUUUGCAACAGCCACAAGAUGUCAAAACAGGUGGCAUCGAGAGCAUUACGCUCCCCUACGAUCUCCGUUCACCACCAGGCACAGACGAACUCCAGAACCACAUUACCCAGCUCUCCAACACCAUCAGUACCAACACUAAUAGCAUCCAAGAUCUGCAGAUGAGGAUCCAAAACAUUGAUGGACAGAUGCAUCGACUAACGGAAGCAAGCAACACUGGACCGCUUCAGCCUUCCUCAACAGCUGCUACCAACGAGUGUCAGUGUCAGGCAUACAUCGACGAAAAGCUUUCAGCCCUUCGUGAGGAGCUUCUUCAAGGAAUGGACAUCAAAAUAGCAGACAUGAAGAAUGCGUGUGACUACAAAGUGAUGUCCGUGCAAGAGCAGUGCGAGGAACAAGAAACCUCUUACUUGAGCUUGGCCGAGCUCCUUGACUCCAAAGAGACUGAACUGCGCAAAGAGAUCCAAGACUUGCGUCGCCAGCUUCCUAUUGGAAAAACCCAAGAGUUGGACAAUGCUGAGGUCCAGAAGCUCAAGGACACCCAAAAGAUACUCCAAGACGCCGUUAGGGAGCACAAUGCCACCAUUGCACAGUUAAGUGCGCAAGGGCAUGUCCUGGAGGCAAGGGUUAGUCUUGCAGAAAGGAGCGCAGAGGUGCAUUGCCUCUAUCUUGAGGAGAAACUGAGAAGGGAAAGACUUAAGGAAGAGGAAGACCAAAGAAUAGCCUUUGAAGAGAAGAUCAGUGGUGUUCAAUGUGGCAACAGCACCUCUCAGCUACUCUUAGGUCUUGAUCAGCGCCUGGAAGUCUUGGAGAAACAAGCACAGCUCCUGCAGGAUGAGGUUGGCUCUUUUAAGGGAGAUCUAAAUAAAACCGUUAGUUUUGAAACCCUCAUGAAACGGGUGGAAAAUCUAGAGGUGGAUUCUGGGCGAAGCCAAGAGCAAGCGAGGACGAUGAAUGGCUUGCUCGAUGGACGUAUGGCUAGCAUUGAAGGCGUUUGUGGUCAGUUUGAGCCGAUGUCUGACAGUUUAAAGCGGAUUAAAGACGGACUGAACAAACACGUCAGUGGCUUGUGGACUUGCGUCCGUCAGCUGAACAGUACAGUGCUUGCACAUACAAGAGACAUUAACAAGUUUAAAGAAAAUUUGCAGCCCUCAAAAGAUGGCCAGGAUGGGAUCACUGAUGCUCCGAUAGGUGUUCCUGAAGGUGCAGCGGCUGUAAGGGCUUCUAUGGAGGGAGGUCAAAUACUCUCAACACUGGGGUCUGGGAAAGCAGCACCUCGAGUAACCAAAGUCUCGUCUCACACCCCUCAGGGCAUCAAUGGGAGCAUGCCGUCCAUUACAGGCUAUGCUGGAGCACCAGGUUAUCCAGGGCUUCCGGCUGCCGCUCUCAGACCCGACUCCGUUUCUGCACAGAUUCCACUGAGGACAGUACAAAUGACCACAGGAGAAGGACGAAUGAUGAGCUAUGUGUCGUUUUCGGCCGGUCUGACACUUGUGCCAUUCCCUGGAGAGAUCGGCAUUAUCACAUUCAACAAAGUUCUGUUAAAUGAUGGACGGCACUACGAUCCUCAAACAGGUGUUUUCACUGUUCCCUUGGACGGACGGUACCUGCUGAGUGUUGUAUUAACUGCUCAAGCAGGAGAAAGGGUCGAGGCCUUUCUCUCGGUAUCCAAUCGCAACAUCCAGAAGCUUUCCACUCAGGACUGUGUCUGCGGAGGCACCGUCUCUGUAAGUCUCGCUCUUCAUCUAGAGCAAGGUCAGAAGACUAGGCUGGUGCUCACAUCAGGGAGACUGGCCAUUUCAGCAUCCAGCGAAGUCCUGUCCUCAUUCAGCGGAGUUCUGCUUUACCCAACAGUAGGCAAGCGAUAACCCACAGCCAAAGGCGGACAUUAAGUUGAUAGCUCACCCAACAUUUAUUCAUGCCUCAAGCUGUUCCAAACCUGUAGGCGUGUCUUUCUCUCUUCAAAACAGAUGGCAGUAGCCGUUAACUUCAAUGGUAUGGAAUGAAAAACACUAUGGAAGUCGAUGGCUGUCGUCAUUCGUUCGGUUUUGAACGUUCUUCAAAAUAUCUUGUUUUGUGCUCAGCAGAAGAAAGAGACUCAUACAGGUUUGGAACAAUUUGAUUUUAAGUAAAUAAUGUCAUAACUUUCAUUUUUGGUGGAUUUAUCAAUUUAAGAUUACACUCUGAAAAAAGCUUUCACUGGAAUCGUACCUUCAAUUUUGUACCUUAUUUACCUUAAAGGUACAUAUUAUUACCUAAAGAGCACAUAUUAGUACCUAAGUGGUACGUAUAAGUAUAUUUUUCAAGUGUACUAUUUCACGGACAGAAUUUGUACCUUUUUUUCUGAGAGUAUGUAGAGUUGACUGCAAUCUGAUAAUGAGAUGCUUAAAGAGAAUUUAUAAAAACUUUACUUGAAGUCUUUAUGCAUAAUGCAUUAUAAUUGCAUACAACUGUAAAACGCAUUGUAUUUUGCAUAAAUAUUAACCACAAAAAUCUGUUUGAUAAUCAUUCUUUAAUAAAUUGUACUUUUUAGUAGAUUACAAAUUAAGUAACAGCUGUAGGUUUGGUUGCAAAUACUCAUGAGAUCAUGUACUGAACUAUAAAGUGACAUAAUGCAGUAAAAAUUGCUUUAUAUAUAAUGCAUUAUAUAUACAGACUUCAAGUAAAGCGCUAGUAAUUGUUUGGAAAAAUAAAAGCAGAGGAAGAGAACGAGAAUCCUUUUAAAAACAGAAAAUGAUUACAGCGUUCAGAAACGUUCUAUUGGUAAUUGGAAGAACAAACAUGAUCUAGCAAGUUCAUCGGGUAGGGUGCUAGUAAAUCUACUGAUCUUUUUUUAUCUCAAAGGUCACCAGUUAGUGAACAAGAUUGCUUCCACCUGGGCCGCGGGUCAUUUCUCAGAAGUUAAUUCCACACAGAGCAGCCAGAACAGCCUUGUUUAGAUGUUCUUAAUAUAAUGAUGAAGCUAUGAGCUUCACAAAAUGAUUCACAGUCAGGGUGGAACCAGUCUUGGAUCCAAAUGUGGACUGCAAUCCAUUUAUUGGCAGAAAGGAAAUGCCAGAAAAUUAAAUCUUUUUGCAAUUUCAGGAAAACUUCAGUAAAAGUUUCAAAAGUGUAGCCAUCCUGACCCUACAACACAUCUAUUACAGGUCCAUUCGCUGUUCAGAAUAUUCCACACGUCACUAAAAGACCUUCAGGGUUUAUUUUUCAACUGUUUUCAAUAACCACACCGGGCUUAAAAUAGAAAUCAUCUCACUCAAUGCCUGAAUGAAAACUUCAUGACUUCAUGUUUUGGCCUUUGCCCAAACUCAGACAUAAUUACACACAACUUCCACCCAGUUAAAUCAUUUUAUAUAUAUAAAUAUAUAUAAUUUUUAUUUAAAAUUUUAACCAUAAAUACUGGAAGAUUGGUUUUAUUUUGUGUGAAGAAUAUAUUGGACAUUUUGCCUAUGGAACGAUCAUUUGGCUGAAAUUUGGGCGGGAAAUCGCAUCAACAAUCACUAGAUGUUAUUUUCAUUAAGAUCAGCUGGAACUACCUGAAUGUUUGUAUUUUAUCUAACAAUCGAUAGAAAGAAGUUAUGUUAUUUUAAGAUGUCAUAUUUGCAGUCCCUUCAUAUCCUUUGUGGAGAAUUUGCAGAAAAACAGACGCAGUAAAAAUCUGAAUGAAACUCAUGAGUGAAUGAAUCUCGUCUGCAAAUAAAUGUUACGAAAAACUGUAUUUAAUAGUUUUGUUUUUAUGUUCGUGACCAUUUGAUGUUCUGUAUCUUUCAUAUUAACCUGGGUCGCAUAGAAGAGAAAAUCUGAAAGCA